AAAAAUGAACUUAACCACAACAGAUUCAGAUCGGUCAUUCAUUUCAAUACAACAAUCUGCACAACCCAUUUUCUCGUUAAGUGAUCCAAGGAUGAGCAGUAUUCAUUUAAACRCCGACAGUGACAAUCGAGACACGGAUUCCAGUUAUCCCAUGAGGGACAGGCCGCUGUCGCUCUGCAUGUCGGGCGCUUGUGCCGGCCAACAGGUGCCGGUGUCCGCGUCCAGAACGCCGCCGACCUCGGUGGCCACGGCCACGGGACAUUACGCGGCGGCGGGUGGCCAAGCCGUGGCCAAGACCAAGACACUGGGGCUGACAUGCGUAGUGUGCGGCGACACGUCAAGCGGAAAGCACUACGGCAUAUUGGCGUGCAACGGUUGCAGCGGGUUCUUYAAGAGGAGCGUACGCCGCAAACUCAUCUACAGAUGUCAAGCGGGAACCGGGAGUUGCGUAGUGGACAAGGCGCAUCGUAACCAAUGUCAGGCGUGCAGGCUGAAGAAAUGCCUUAACAUGGGCAUGAAUAAGGACGCUGUUCAAAACGAACGCCAGCCAAGAAACACGGCAACCAUACGUCCGGAAAAUCUAGCUGACAUGGACCAUGAACGAGUGAUUCGAGAAGCGGCUGUGGCAGUUGGAGUGUUUGGGCCAUGUCUUUACAGACCCCCGGUUUCAGUGGCGUUAGCGUUAUCACCUCUGAGGUAUCAUCCCAACGGGCCCAUGGCACCGCCGAGCAUUCAGCAAAGGCCCGCGGAACCGUCGCCGACCGCAUCUUCGUCACCGAAACAAGAGUCUCACCACGACGACCAAGACGAUGAUGACAGUAUAGACGUGACCAAUGAAGAACCGGAUACGUCUGACAAUAACAAAAGGGCGUCGUCUUCGCCACCGGCAGUUCCGAUACCGCUUACCCAACACCAUUCCAUGUACGACCAUCAUCCGUCAUUCUACCCUGGUCUGCACGAGAACGUUUACGAGACAUCCGCCCGUCUGCUCUUCAUGGCCGUCAAGUGGGCGAAAAACUUGCCAUCUUUYGCAUCUCUUCCGUUCAGAGACCAGGUGAUACUCUUAGAAGAAUGUUGGUCGGAACUGUUCCUGUUGAACGCGGUUCAGUGGUGUUUGCCACUGGAAAACAACCCACUUUUCAACCCUUCAGAUCACGUGGCRGCCAUACCCAACGGCAAAGCCAGUCAAGUGGCGGCCGACAUACGCGUACUCAACGAAACCCUACGAAGAUUCAGGACAAUCAGUGUCGACCCGGCCGAGUUUGCGUGCAUGAAGGCCAUCGUCUUGUUUAGAGCCGGUAACGAUUAA